GCCGCCGCGGCAGUCAACAGUCCGAUCGCGACGAUCCGGUUCGCGGUCUGGUGAACGCAACGCUCAUCAUCCGUCGCUAUCAUCAUUCGCCGUCGUCGUCGUAUAGUCGUCACGGACGGUUGAUCUGUUACACAUUAUAUCGUUUUUUUUUUUUUUUAUUUAUUUAUUAAUUUUUAUUAUCGUCGAGAACAUAUACACGACGGUGUGUUUUUUAACGACCCAUCAUAAUUUUAUUUACUUACAUAGCACUAUUGUUAUUAUUAUUUUAUCACACUUUGCGCGUCGAUCUAUAUAUUCUAUUCGUCGACAUAUAUUUAUGUAUAAACGAUAUUAUAAGUUGAACAACGCGCACAAUUCGAUUUAGUUCGAUAAUCAUUUAUUUCGUGUACGAUUUAUCCGAUCGCGCAGUCCGUCUUUCUCUGCAGCAGUAUAUUCGCGACGGUACACUCCUCGGAUCGGACGCGAGUUGUUUGUUUUUUCGUUUUUGGAGUGACAUCGAAAGUUAAUCGUCUGCAGACUCUUGGAGCCAGCAUUCGUGUAUGACUCGACGUCCCCCCCACCCCGUCCACGUCGACAUGAGUAGAGGCAGUAGCGACGAUGGAGGUGGCGGCGGUGGCGACACGGACGCCGGUCGGAGCGACGACGAGCGUUCGUUGUCCAGCGAAAGUAGCGGUGGUGGCGACGUCGUCGUCGGCGACGGUUGCCGGAGCCGUAGCAGCAGCGCUAAUAGCAACAACAACAACGGGAAAAAAGACACGAUCGCGGCUGUCGACGAAGGCGUUGGCAUUAUUGGCGCGGGUUUGAACAGCAGUUUCAGCUUUUUCGAGCUUCCGGCCAACGCAGCUGCCAUGCCGUACAACUUGGAGUUGCGGAAUGCGGGCGCGGGCGGCGUAUGGACCAAAACUCAGCUCUCCAAGGGCGUCAAGUACGGACCGUUCCUAGGCAAAUGGGGCCCGAAGCCGGUGGACUUGCGGUUCGCCUGGGAGGUUCGUAUCGCUGGAUACUCUGGAUAUUUGGACGGGACGAUCGAAAUCUGUAAUUGGCUGAAAUUCGUUCGGUCCACGAACGAUUGUACUAGACAAAACGUCCGAGCGUUCUUGUUGGCCGGACAGAUAUUUUACGAAUUGACACAAACAGUCAGAGCUUCAGAAGAAUUAUUGUUGGGCAAAAGAGAGCCGCUGAAUUUGGACGCGGCAUUUGGAGAACUAAUGACCGCGUCUGCGGAGGACCGGAGUGAACGGGACUCGGUCGUCGCAUCACAGAACUCGCUGGGUUCGAUAGACGGCGACGGAGACGUGGACGUGGACGCCGAAGAGCCGGACGAAGACGAUCAAAAUCGGUGCAUUUUGUGCGAGAAGUGUUUUCCAGACAUCGAACAGCUCGACGAUCACCUGGUGUCCGGUCACCACUACAAGGCCAGUCAGUACGGGUGCGAGCUGUGCCCUCAGUCGUACAGCUGGAAGCCGUGCCUGAUCCGGCACCUCGCUCUGGCCCACAGCCGAAAGUUCACGUGCGAGACCUGUUCCAAGGUGUUCAGCGACCCGAGUAACCUGCAGAGGCACAUCCGCACCAAUCACGCGGGCGCCCGGUCACACGCCUGUUCCGAGUGCGGCAAGACGUUCGCCACGUCCAGCGGCCUCAAGCAGCACACGCACAUACACUCGAGCGUGAAACCGUUCCAGUGCGAAGUCUGUUUCAAGGCGUACACUCAGUUCUCGAACCUCUGCCGGCACAAGAGGAUGCACGCCGACUGCCGCAUGCAAGUCAAGUGCGACCGGUGCGACCAGUCGUUCAGCACGGGCACGUCGCUGUCCAAACACAAGCGGUUCUGCGAGUCGAACCCGUCGCCGGAGCAGUCGUCGUUCAGGAAGUCCGGUUCGGCGGCCGGCGGCGGCGGCGGCAUAUCGUCGCUACAGCAGCAGCAACAGGAACCCGGCGCCGCGGCCACGGCCGGAUCUUCGCCGUUCGCCGUCUACUCCCGGUUCCCGCUGUACCCGCCGCACCCGCUCGUCCACCCGUUCUACUUCCCGUCGGCCAACGGUUCCCUGCCGCCGCCGCCGCCGCUGUUCCAGACGCCGUUCGGCCCGUUCGGACCGUUCGCGCCCAAGCUGAACAUGGACAUGCUGUCCAGCGCCGUCGAGCAGUGCAACAACCGGUUCAAGCGGUCCGCGGCCGACGCGGAACACAACGAGACGCCCGCCAAGCGGUUGUCCGCGUCGUCGUUGUUCAACGCCGGCCAGAAGACGCCGCCGCCGCAGCCGCCCACGUCGUCCGGCGUGGCCAUGCUGAUGGGCUCGAGCAAGACGUCGCCGCUGGUGGGCGAAGAGGCGUCCUCCAACCAGCGACCGUCCCCGGCCCGGCCCAGCGCCACUUACCCCGACCCCAAGGUACACGUCAAGCGGCAGCCGUCCGCGGACGAGGACUGCGGCCCGUGCGACCUGUCCGUCAACACGGACAUACUGUGCAACGGCGGCGGUUCCGCGGACGAGCUGAUGACCGACGAGAGCGCCGGCGAACGUCGGUCGUCCGACGACGACGGAUCGCCGUGCCGAUCGGCGUCCGACCAGCCGCUCGACCUGUCCGUGACGAAAGCGCAGCGCCGCCGGAAAAAGUCGCCGUCGGCCGUUCGCCCGUCGUUUACGCCGUCGCGAGACGACAGCCCGCGCGCCGACAACGCCGCCGAGCAGCGCGGCCGCAAGUGGUCGCCGCCGUCUCUGACGCCGCCAUCGCCGCCACCGCCGCCACCGCCGCCGCCGCCGCCGCCGUCGGCAUCACAGGCCGCUCAAAGGCCGUCGUCGUCGUCGCCGUACUCCGUCAGCAACCUGAUGGCCUACCCCAAACCGCUGUACUUGGAUUCCAUUUACCCGGCGGCGCUGUCCGGGUUCGCGGAGAGUCAGCUGCAGCACAUGCAGGCGCACCAGCCGUUCGGGCCGUCCGCCGCCCGGCCGCCGUUCGCGUUCAUGUCCAGCACGUCGCCGGCCAUCGAACACUUUCUCCGGCAGCCCAUGCCCAACUACUCGAAAUCGUACCAGGACAUCAUCCAGCAGCACCAGAACCAUCACGGCCAGUACCAGGGCCAGCACCAGAACCACCAGCAGCAGGGACAGCAGCAACAGCAACAGCAGCAGCAGCAGCAGCACCAUGUCAAGUCCAAGGACAGGUACGCGUGCAAGUACUGCGGCAAGGUGUUCCCGCGCAGCGCCAACCUGACCAGGCACGUGCGCACGCACACCGGCGAACAGCCGUACCGGUGCGCGCACUGCGAACGGUCGUUCAGCAUAUCGUCCAACCUGCAGCGGCACGUGCGCAACAUACACCGGCAGGAGCGCAACUUCAAGUGCAACCUGUGCAACCGGCGGUUCUCGCAGCAGACCAACCUGGACCGGCACGUGAAGAAGCACGAGGCGGACGACGGCACGGCCGUGGGCACGGUGACCAGCAGCUCGGCGAGCAGCGUCGACGAGAAGGAGGACCCCAGGCUGUUCGAGAUCCGGAGCUUCAUGAAGAAGGUCAGCGACCACGGGUCGGCGGCCGCCGCCGCUGCCGCCGCGGCCGAGAUGCAGAACAACAACGUGGUGGUGGACCCGUGCGGCCUGCAGCAGCCCGACGACGGCCUGCAGUACGCGGCCCACUUAUGACCCGUACCUCCGCCGCUCUACCUGAACUGGGCCCGUUGACGGCACAGCAUCAUCAGCAUAAACACACAAACGACAAUGCGUUAUGUAUCGUUAUAAUAUUAUAUGAUCGUCACACAAAUCUCCGAGUACCUCCACACACAC